AUGUCUCCCCCUGCUGCCUUUGUUGAGUCCGUUGACACCCCCAUCACCACCCUGAAGGCUAAGGUGUUGGCCACGGAGACUUCUGCAGUCUCUGGCAAUGCUCCCGAGACUAAGCUGCUCGAUGCCUUUGCCAACAAGUGGGAUGACUUCAAGUUCGCGCCUAUCCGUGAGAGCCAGGUCUCCCGGGCCAUGACCAGACGCUACUUCCAGGACCUCGACAAGUACGCUGAGAGUGACAUUGUCAUCAUCGGUGCUGGUUCCUGCGGUCUGAGCACUGCUUACGUGCUGGCCAAGGCUCGUCCUGACCUCAAGAUUGCUAUCAUUGAGGCUGCUGUUUCUCCUGGCGGUGGUGCCUGGCUCGGUGGCCAGCUCUUCUCUGCCAUGGUCCUGCGUAAGCCUGCCGACGCCUUCCUGAACGACCUGGGCGUUCCCUAUGAGGAAGAACCCGGCAACCCGAACUUUGUUGUCGUCAGACACGCCGCCAUGUUCACCUCGACCCUUCUGUCCAAGGUUGUUUCCUUCCCCAACGUCAAGCUCUUCAACGCCACUGCUGUUGAGGACUUGAUCACCCGUCCUUCCCAGUCUGGUCCCCCCACCAUUGCUGGUGUCGUCGUGAACUGGACCCUGGUCGCUCAGCACCACGACGACCACUCCUGCAUGGACCCCAAUACCAUCAACGCUCCUCUCGUCAUCAGCACCACUGGCCACGACGGCCCGUUCGGUGCUUUCUCCGCUAAGAGACUUGUCUCCAUGGCUACGAUCGAGAAGCUCGGCGGCAUGCGCGGUCUGGACAUGAAUCGGGCCGAGGAUGCCAUCGUCAAGGGCACCCGUGAGGUCACCAAGGGUCUCAUCAUCGGUGGUAUGGAGCUGUCAGAGAUCGAUGGCUCCAACCGUAUGGGCCCGACUUUCGGUGCCAUGACCCUCAGCGGUGUAAAGGCUGCCGAGGAGGCCCUCAAGGUCAUUGACCAGCGCAAGCGUGAGUGUGCUGAGUAA